AUGGCUGCAUCCCAUUUGGAGACUCCUCAGGACCGGAGACCCGGGACGGACCACCCUUCCGCCCCGCGUCAGUCCGCCACUGCCAGUGUUAGGGCGCUUGUGCACUACACUGAAUUUUCAGGUCCGGCGGUCCGAUUUUUUCCUGUCCGGAAUGACAUGAAAAAACCGGAAAUAGUUACACAUACCCGCUCCCCCCAGCGCAGGGGCUUUAUGUGGGACUGCUCUUGCGGUUCCACCUUCGAAGGGACUAGACAAGAAGCAGGAGUUUACCUCCCUCGCACGCGGCCGAUGCACGGGACCGGCCCGAGGGCCAUACACCGUGCGGUUCGCCCCCAUUUCGACCCGCAGGUCCGUCUGCGGGUUGUGGGUGCAACUCAGAGACAUUCGAGAUACACCCCCGAAAAAGGGCGGGAGCGUGCAAUGCUUGACCAGGCGGAAGAACCACUGGUGAUCGUAGCUAUACGCAUAGUGUUCGAGUUUAUAUGGACAGUCCUACGAGUGGACUGUGAGAUUGUGAAGGCUUUAUACAAGUGGAUAUUGCCGUCGGAGCCAAAAGAUGUCUCUGAAGAUGUAAUACUGAUUACUGGCGCUGGACAUGGAAUGGGUCGAGAGGUGGCAUUACGUUUCGGUCGGCUUGGUGCCACCGUUGUUUGUGUCGACAUCAAUGCAGCUAACAAUGAGGAAACCGCUAAAAUGAUCAAAAAUGAAAAAGGAAAAGCAUUCCAUUAUGUAUGUGACGUCACGGACCGCGCAGAAGUAUUUCAGUUGGCUGACAAGGUGCAACGAGAAGUGGGUGACGUCACCAUCUUACUAAACAACGCAGGCAUCAUGCCCUGCAAGCCCCUACUGAAGCAAUCCGAGAAAGAGAUCCGUACUAUGAUGGAUAUUAAUGUCAAUGGAAUCCUUUGGGCUCUCCAAGCAUUCUUACCCGCCAUGUUAGAAAAUAAUAACGGGCAUAUAGUCUCCAUGUCAUCUAUGGCCGGGCUGAUGGGUCUACGCAACAUCGUGCCGUACUGUGGCUCUAAGUUCGCAGUCCGGGGUAUAAUGGAAGCUCUCGCUAUGGAACUACAUGAAGACCGUAGUAAAGCAACGAAUGGGAUUAAAUUCACCACAAUUUAUCCUACUAUGGUGAAUACUGGACUCUGCCACAAUCCUCGGAUCCGCUUCAAGGGGCUCACUGACAUGGUGGAGAAAGAAUUUGCUGCGGACCAAAUUGUGGACGCCAUAAGAAGGGAAUACCUCGAGAUCACAAUACCUAGCGAUCUGUACUAUGCUAAUAAGUUCAUAUUCCGUAUACUGCCUUACAAAGCUGCCUUGUUGAUGAACGAUUUCUUUGGAACUGGUCUAGAUCCACACGAUUAGAAGGUCAAACUGGAUAUAUAGAUAAGCGAAAGUGCAUUUGUUUUUUUGUGUAAAUAAAAUGGUCAUUAUGUUAACAGAUUGUUAUGCUGAAACAUUUAUUUUCAUUGAAAAUUUAUUUUAUAUUACUUUUGUGAGAAAAUUCUAGUGUUAAACUUCAUUAUGAUGAACUCAAGAUACCGACUCUAAAAAUUUCUGCGUGUAGAGGCCACGUUCCAUUUUUUUAAGUAUAUAAACAUAACGCGAUCCUUACAUACAUUACAAUAUACAUCAUUAUUGGCACCUGACAUGGUAUAUCUAUUGAAUAGUUAUCUAUAAUAUAACUAUCGAUAUAGAAUUGUUCAUUCAAGGAGAAAAUACGUAAUUAGGAUUGUACCAAGAUAUAUCUUCAUGUGACAUACCUCAUUUUUAAACGUGGUUCUACAUUUCAAAUUUGCAGAAUCAAUCACAAAAUAUUUCACUUAUGUACUUUGUUAACAAAGUUCUUGGAAAACAUGCUGUGAUAUAUUUUUAUUUUUUUGGACGAAAUUAAAAAACGUAACGUAGCUUCAAUAAUAUAGUUAGUUGCCAAAGUAUCAAUUAAAUGGAGAUUUUAAUAGUCGAUAUUGAAUUGAAACUGUCAAUUUCAAGGGCGUCCAUUAAUCAGGUGAGGCUCGAAAGAGUUAUACAUCACGAGUAUUUAUUUUUUCCUCAAACGCGCGAUUACUUAACCCAAAAGCGACGUCAAAAAUUGAGAUUUUUUAAGCACUAAAAAUACAUGUGCUUUGGGUAGAGAGGGGGGGAUUAUAAAAUGCUAAAAAACAUCACGUGAUUAAUUGACAGUUCCGAGAUAAUUUCAAAAAUAAAUAGAGCAUGUAAUAGAGUAAGACGGAGCAAGUGGUUUUAUCACUAAACUUCCUAAUUCAUUUGCAUUUUUUUCCGAAGAAGUUGUGGUUAGACUUAAUAAAAUAUGACAACUUAAUUUUUGGUACAAAUUUCAUUAUGUUACAAAACAGAACCAUAUUUGGGCGAUCUCCUAUAUCAAAUGUAAGAAGUUUAAUAUGGAUUUUAUCAUAAGCAUUUAUUUAUCUGUCAGUACAGCUUAUUUAUAAUAAACAUAAUCAAAUUUAUUUACACGCUAAUUAACUAUUAUGGAUUAUCUAAUUAAUGUAAGUAAGUAAUGACUUAUGAUAAGAUACAGAUACGAAGUGUUGUGUAACAAUAAUAGUUAUUUUAUACUCAUUUUUAAGUAAUAAAACAUUC